ACGGCCCCAAGGGCGGCUCGGGGGCCCGCAGCCCCGAGGCCGGCGCGCUGCAGUGCCUGGCGCGAGCCUGCGAGGCCGAGGGAGCGCAGCUCAGCACCGUCAACUUUGGCGAGCUGGACUUUGGCGAGACGGCCGUGCUGGACGCCUUCUACGACGCGGAUGUUGCGGUAGUGGAUAUGAGUGACGUUUCCAGACAACCAUCCCUAUUCUACCACCUUGGAGUACGUGAAAGCUUUGAUAUGGCCAAUAAUGUUAUACUCUAUCAUGACACUGAUGCUGAUACUUCUCAGUCACUGAAGGACAUGGUGUCUCAGAAAAAUACAGCUGCAGUUGCCAACCGCAAAGCUUUUCUUCAAGUACAACUACCUCCAGAAUAUCACAGUGGUGGUAUGAUGGGCAAAGCUUCAAGUGGCAAUUACUACUUCAUUCCGUACAUUGUAACGCCAUGUGCAGAUUAUUUUUGCUGUGAAAGUGAUGCCCAGCGGAGAGCUUCUGAGUACAUGCAGCCCAACUGGGACACCAUCCUGGGGCCUCUGUGCGCUCCAUUGAUGGACAGGUUUAUCAGCCUUCUCAAGGACAUUCAUGUCACAUCAUGUACAUAUUACAAGGAAACUCUGUUAAAUGACAUUAGAAAAGCUAGAGAGAAGUAUCAAGGAGAAGAACUGGCAAAGGAACUGACCAGGAUUAAACUUCGUAUGGAUAAUACUGAAGUCCUCACUUCUGACAUUGUAAUCAACUUACUUCUGUCAUAUCGAGAUAUCCAGGACUAUGAUGCCAUGGUGAAGCUGGUGGAAACACUGGAAAUGCUCCCUACUUGUGAUCUGGCUGAUCAGCACAAUAUCAAAUUUCAUUAUGCAUUUGCACUGAAUCGAAGAAACAACACAGGUGACCGGGGGAAGGCACUGCAAGUGAUGCUGCAGGUCUUGCAGACAUGUGAUCGCCCAGCACCUGACAUGUUCUGCUUGUGUGGGAGAAUCUACAAGGACAUUUUCCUUGAUUCAGACUGUAAAGACACCAGCAGCCGGGACAAAGCCAUUGAAUGGUACCGUAAAGGGUUUGAGCUCCAGUCAACUCUGUAUUCUGGGAUUAACCUUGCAGUCUUGCUGAUUGUUGCAGGGCAGCAGUUUGAAACCUCCAUGGAACUAAGGAAAAUAGGUGUGCGAUUGAACAGUUUGUUGGGAAGAAAAGGGAGUUUGGAAAAAAUGAACAAUUACUGGGAUGUCGGGCAGUUCUUCAGUGUAAGCAUGUUGGCCAAUGACAUUGGUAAAGCAGUGCAAGCAGCAGAGAGGCUGUUUAAACUGAAACCACCCAUUUGGUAUCUGAAGUCAUUGGUACAGAACCUGAUGUUAAUACAGCGGUUCAAGAAACUCACCAUAGAACAUUCUCCUAGACAAGAGAGACUGAACUUCUGGUUAGAUAUCAUUUUUGAGGCAACUAAAGAAACAACUAAUGGCUUGAGAUUCCCAGUAUUGGUGAUAGAGCCAACUAAGAUAUACCAGCCUGCGUAUGUUUCAAUCAACAACGAAGCGGAAGAAAGAACAGUUUCCCUUUGGCACGUGUCUCCGACAGAAGUGAAACAGAUUCAUGAGUGGAAUUUUACAGCUUCUUCUAUUAGAGGAAUAAGCAUAUCUAAAUUUGACGAACGGUGUUGUUUUCUGUAUGUCCACGACAACUCUGAUGACUUUCAGAUCUACUUUUCUACAGAGAACCAGUGUAGUAGAUUUUGUAGUCUGGUUAAAGAGAUUUUAACAGAUGCUGUAGGAAGUACUCUGGAACUGGAAGGAGAGAUUGAUGGGGACACGUUGGAAUAUGAGUAUGACUAUGAUGAGAAUGGAGACAGAGUAGUGUUAGGCAAAGGAACCUACGGGAUAGUUUAUGCUGGAAGAGAUCUUAGCAAUCAGGUCCGAAUAGCCAUCAAAGAAAUACCAGAGAGAGACAGCAGAUAUUCUCAGCCACUGCAUGAAGAAAUAGCCCUCCACAAGUAUUUGAAGCACCGGAAUAUUGUCCAGUAUCUUGGUUCUGUUUCUGAAGAUGGAUAUAUUAAAAUCUUCAUGGAACAGGUGCCUGGAGGAAGUCUUUCUGCAUUACUAAGAUCAAAAUGGGGACCAAUGAAAGAACCCACAAUUAAGUUUUACACCAAGCAAAUCCUAGAGGGCCUGAAGUAUCUCCAUGAGAACCAGAUUGUCCACAGAGACAUAAAAGGAGACAAUGUUUUAGUGAACACAUACAGUGGAGUAGUAAAGAUUUCUGAUUUUGGGACCUCCAAGCGCCUUGCAGGAGUGAAUCCAUGUACAGAGACAUUUACAGGCACUUUGCAGUACAUGGCGCCAGAGAUUAUUGAUAAGGGACCUCGAGGAUAUGGUGCACCAGCUGAUAUCUGGUCUUUGGGUUGCACUACCAUUGAAAUGGCGACAGGGAAGCCUCCCUUUCAUGAAUUGGGUGAACCACAGGCAGCUAUGUUCAAAGUUGGAAUGUUCAAAAUUCACCCUGAAAUUCCUGAAUCACUAACUGCUGAGGCAAGAGCUUUUAUUUUGCUCUGCUUUGAACCUGAUCCAAAUAAACGUGUCACAGCAUCGGACUUACUUAAGGACCCAUUCUUGAAACAGUUGAACAAGGGCAAGAAAAACAGAAUUGCGUUCAAGCCUUCAGAUUAUAAUCGCAGCACAUCACUCCCGUUGCCAGUCCAGGGAGAGCAGGCUGGCAGCAGCAGCAGUGAACCCGGCUCAGUCUCACCAGACUCUGAUAUGCCACAUGACAUGCUAUUUGAAAAGGCAAAGCGCUCAGUGUCAGAGGUUCAGACAAAGAGUCCUCUCUCCCAUUUACUAAGUGUUCCCGACGACAACUCCAUUUCAGAUGAGCGAAGUGCUUCCCCUUCACUUGAGGAAAGGGAUUCUGGUCUUUUCUUGCUACGAAAGGACAGCGAACGGCGUGCAAUUCUGUACAAAAUCCUCAAGGAAGAGCAAAACCAAGUAGCUUCCAAUUUAAAAGAAUGCGUAGCACAGAGUUCUGAAGAACUGCAUCUUUCAGUUGCUCAUAUCAAGCAGAUAAUUGGGAUUUUAAGAGAUUUCAUACGUUCUCCUGAACACAGAGUUAUGGCAUCAACUAUAUCCAAGUUGAAAAUUGACCUGGACUUUGACAGUACUUCCAUCAAUCAGAUUCAUCUAGUGUUGUUUGGAUUUCAAGAUGCAGUUAACAAAGUACUAAGGAAUCAUUUAAUCAGACCUCAUUGGAUGUUUGCUAUGGAUAAUAUAAUACGACGUGCUGUUCAAGCUGCUGUCACUAUUCUCAUUCCAGAACUUCGAGCUCACUUUGAACCAGCAUCAGAGACUGAAGGAGUUGACAAAGAUGCAGAUGAAGUAGAUGAGGAUUACCAGCAAGCACAGCAAAAAAGACACGAAGAAACAGUUAUUACAUCUGGAGUGUGCAUGCUCACGUCUUCUGUAACCCCUGACACUCAGCAGCAGCUCAGCUUGCAGUUGGGCAAGCUUAAGCAAGAAACAAACAGGUUACUGGAGAGCCUGGUACAGAGGGAGAGAGAAUACCAAACACUGCUAAGGCAAACACUGGAGCAAAGAAUUCAAGACUUGCAUCUCCUACAGUUGAAAACUGCUGAAAUUCAACCACCUCCAUCUGCUCUUCAGCACUGCGGAGACCAAGAACUGAUCAAGUGGUUAAAGCAACAGAAAGCUGAUUCAGAUACAAUUGAUAGGUUUGUUCAAGAGGAUUAUACGCUCAGUGAUGUUCUAAACCACAUCACUAAAGAUGACUUGCGAUUCCUUAGACUCCGUGGUGGUAUUAUUUGCCGAAUAUGGAAUGAAAUAUUAAAGCACAGAAAACUGAAUAAACUCUUGGAAUUGGAAGCAUAACUCUUACGCCAAGUUCUGAAAAAUUGAAAUGGGAAGAGAGCACACAUUCCAACUAAGUUAUUAAUUACUGUACAUACAGGUUUUGCACUAAUAUAUAU